AUGGCUCAGCAACCCAAUGGCACUCCGAGCGGGCCCCGCGUCGACAUCACCCCGCCCAUGCCGCCGCCGCCGCCGCCGCCGAGGAGGACAGAUACGGUGGAGAGCAGGCCUUUCGUCGAUGCGCCUGAAUCCCCUCCCGAGCAGCCAGAGCAGGCCAGAGCGCAGCGCCAACGCCUGGAGCGAGCGCCGCACUCGACCACCACCAUGAACUCGACCGUAUCAGUUCCGCCUCCAGGAUCCGUCCUCACUGGCAAGCAGGAGCAUUACCUCAAGCGCGAAUUGAUCUCUCACCAGACACAGUGGGAGGUCAGUGAGCUGUCUCAUCCGACUGCGCUCCAGCGCUUUGGUGCUCCCUUUCGCUCGGAAGCUGGCGAGGUGAAGCCAGAGGACUCGGAACUGCCAUUGCUGCGCUACAUCUUCGUCCAUCAUGUACGGAACUUCCCAUUCUUGAACCGGGCGAAAGAGAAGGAGUUCUGGCAGGACAAGCUGCAGGCCUUCCUCGAGAGCUUCGCGAAUAAACACAUCUCCUCGGCUGAAGACCGCUUGGAGCAGACGAAAAGAGCAAAGCUGGCGCUGAAGGCGACGAAGCUGGUCGAGUUGAUGAUGGUCUCGGGCAUUCCGACUGCCUCCGGCUACGAGGAGCGCAUUCGCUUCUCCGAGAUGGAAGUAGUCGAUCGGGGAGCCAAUGAGCAAGGGUUGGUGGUGAAUGUGCCCGAAGGACAUAGGAUCAAUGGCUGGGACGUUAAUGUCGCAGGUGUGCGGAUGGUCAGUGUCAAGAGACAUGUGCGACACCACAGGCACGCCGAGUUCAUUCUCCGCGUGAAGCACAACGACGAGCGUGAGAUAUACGUGGCACGGCGAUUCGGCGACUUUGCGCGGAUGCAUAAGAAGCUCCGAUUGGAAUUGCCUGGCAAGGUACUGCCACCGCUGCCCCGGAAGAACAUGGCACAGUCAAUCUACAGCGGCCGCGAUGAUGAGGAUACGGAUAGUGUCUCUUCCUUGUCUACUCAGGGUACUGGGACACCUGUUAAUGCAGAGCCCACCGAUGCGUCUGCGAGCAACGGUGGCGGUUUCCGCGCCUAUUUAUCGUCCUGGACUGGAGGAUCAAGUAACAGCGCUCGACACGGACGUAACACAUCUCGGUCUUCCCUGACUGCCCCUUCAGUCUCUCCUCGCGCGUCGUUCGAUUCCACCAGCAAAGGCCCCAUAGCCCCUUCGGUUAGGGAGAAGCCUCCCGACACCGUUCUCCACCGCGAAGAGCAGCGUGUAUCGCUCCGAGCGUUCUUGCGUAAUUUCUUACACAAUGAAGCAAUUGCGAACUCCAAGGCAAUGACUGACUUUCUAACAAGCGACCCAAUCUCGCUGACCGACGAAGAGGUGCAAGACAUUGAACGACGUCGGGACAUGGACGAGAAGCGGCUGGAAGAGCAACGACAAUUCUUCAACGUGGCCAGAGAGCGUGCUCGUGAACUGGACGUGCACAUGGAGAAAUUCAGAAGAAGCGUUGUCGAGAGAAAUGGACUGCGCAAUCUGUUCUCGGAAAUCAAGAAGAAGGAGAAGAUUGCAGACCUGGAUCCUGAGUACAAAAAGUUCGCAGAAUGGCUUCGCAUCGAAGUUGCCGCAACGCUUUACCACCUCUUCCUGGCAGAAGACAAUUCACCAGAGCUCUUCGCGCAGUUCAAACGCAUACACAGCCUUGUUCCUUAUUCUGCGCUCAAGCAGGUCAUUCGCUUCACGAACCCAGCGGCCGUCAUGGCUAGCAUCCUCGAUAUCUUCAUGGCACAGCCGCUGGGGGCCAAGUCACUCUUGCAACGAAUUUUCGGUCUGGCACUCGGCGAUGGUAUCCGCAGUCUGCAGAGGUCGAUCGACGGUCUCACCACUAAGAUCGAUGAGCCCGAUUACACUGAGAAGAUCAAGAACUACAUUGAGUCAUACGAGGAGAUCAAGGAUACUAUUCGCAAAGAGGCUAGAGAAGAGCAAGUUGAUCUCUUGGUCAAAGUGCUACAGUGCGAAGAAACCGAGCCUCGUCUGACGAGCGAACAAAUUGGCCGCGCAUUCAAUGCAUAUGUUGCAUGGGAGAACGCUGUCGAGAACGUGGACGAAGAGAUGCGACAGGGCGCCGAGCUAUUUGCACGACUGAAACAGCUCUUAAAGUUAUACACCCGGCAGAGAGACAAGAAGAAGAUGUUGGAAAUGGUGGAGGAACCCAACACACUUCGUCUGUUCCGAGAUCUGUUCACAAUCUUUUACGAGCCCCUUGUGCGAGUGUACAAGAGCGCCAACGUGUACAACAGCGUCACCGAUUUCGCUCGAUUCGCAGACGACGCCAUCCAGACCAUUGAACGUGCACAGCGACAGGAUGUCUCCGCCGAUCCGAACCAAACUGUACAGAGCUUCAUCGAUCUCUGCGAACGACACGAGGACGACCUCUACAAGUUCAUUCACGAAGUCCAUAUCCAUGACAACGGGUUGUUCGACAAGCUGAUGACCUGGAUAGAGGGCAUUCUGGACUUCCUCAGGAAUGGACCCAAGGGCGGAAAGCUGGACAUGAACGCGCUCUUUCAAGGCGGACUUGAAAUGAAGCAAGUCGACAAGGAACUUGCCCUUCGCGAGAUCAACAGUCUCAUCAAGUGGCAGACCGCACGCAAGCGAUGGCACUCGGACAAGACACGGCAGAAGAUGGCGUCGGGUGGGCAGGAAGCGGACGAGCUCGGGGCACUCGCAUCGACUUUCAAACCGAGCGAUUUCGGGCUCGAUGCCCAAGACCUGCAGGACAUGUCGCUCGAGGACGACGAAGACGAUGAGUCGGAUUCGAAUGAUGAAGACGAGGCAGAUCCGAUUGCGGCCGAGAGGAAACGGAGACAGAAGAGGCAGGAUGUGCUGAAGAGGACGGCGGGGGAGCCUCUGAAGCCGCCUAUUUCGGAGAUUUACAAGAUGAUGCCGCAGUUCUUGGCUAUGCUGAGGAUGGUGUUGGCGGAGUAG